AUGAAAAAGGAAAAAACGAAAGAGGAGCUAAGGGAAAACUAUGAACAUUACCUCAACUUCAAUGAAGAUGCGAAGAAAUGGUUUUACAGUAAAAUCGAAAAAAAUAAAAUGAUGAACAUACAAGAAAAAUACGAUUCAUUCCUCAAGUCCUACGAAAACAAAAAGAAGAAUGUCGCAGAAAAAUAUAACUUAAAAAAAUACUUAACCAUAAUUCAUAAUUUCCUCUUAUUAUGCUUUAUCACAUUUGAUAUUUUAUUCAUUUUUUUCAAAGCCUGUGUGAAAAAUGUCAUGCUCUUUUUAAGCAAUCCUUUCCUGUACUUAUACAACGCCAAAAUGGUGAUAGAAAAAAAUGUUUCACACGGACUGAACUUGAUGAAGACAUACAAGAACAUGCUCUGUGCCGCUUUAUUAUUUUUGUUACGGGAGAAGAAGAAAAUCGCCAAGGAAAUUCAAAAUGUCUUUCUUUUCCUAUUCCAGCUUUUGAACUUUUACUUUUUUAAGUCUCUGGAGGCUAUGUACCAGUAUUUUUACUUUAGAUACUGCGACAUUUUCAGGGCCACCAAGUUUUUUAAGGUUUUCGCGUGA